GAACAGAUAGAAAGAGAGUCAUACUUAGCGAUAGGAGCUACUAUAUAAAAAUAUGUGCUUCUAUAUAAUGCCACAUCAUUACAACUCCUCGCCUUGACCAUGCACCUCAGUCAGCAUAUCGUGGUGCUAUUUCUGUGGCUCUGCUGCGCUCUACUCGGCGCUCGAGGCCAGCCUUGGCGUUGGGGACCUGGCUCGAAUAGUGGACCAAUUGGGGGGCCCGCCUGGAACGGAGGCCCUGACGAGUCCACCGAUAACAUAAUAAUUCACUCGAAUGGAGGCGGAAAAUGGCGUUACUAAUUUAAAUCGGUUCUAAGAAUGAUUUGUUUUGCAACUAUUUUUUCCAAGAACAUUUACGAGACUCACGACUCAACUGGAGUCAUUGUCAUACUUUACAACUUUUUUAUUUUCAUAUACGUAACAAUAUUUAAAAUAUACUCAAAUAAAUAUAUAAGAUUUUACUAAAA